CCAGCCAUCCAGCCAUCCAGCCAUCCAGCCAUCCAGCCAUCCAGCCAUCCAGCCAGGCGCCGUCGUCGUUUAAAGCACGUAAAGCACGUAAAGUACAUAAAGUAGGCAUCUAGACAGGCAGGCAGGUAGUUGGUCGGUGGUUAAAGUUCACAAGUCCACAAGUCUCGUAAGUCCACAAAACCUAUAGAACCUACAUACCAUACCGUACAUGCAUACCUAGUCCUGAUGCUUCUUACAUACAUAUCACACCUGCCGACUGGUCGGUUUGUGUGUAGGUAGGCCGGUAGGUGGAGAUCUACAUGGACAGAAGGUCCUCAGCAGCCUGUGUCGGAGGAGCCCCAGGAGCCUGAGGACACGAGAGUAGCGAGAGACAGAGAGCGGGGAGAGAGAGAUAAUAAUGACCUGUCGAUAAACGUGCGUGCUUGGAUGCGUAUUUCGGUUUCGGGUUUAGUUUUGGCGCGGAUGGAGCGAGAACCUCGUCAAGGUCGUUACCGUCGUUACUAUCGUCACAGUCGUGGGUGUUUUUGGGGGACGGACGGUUCGAGGCGUACGACGCGUGCGUGUGUGGGUCUGGUGUGGUGGUACUGGGCCAUGUGUUUGUUUGCUUAUGUCUUUGUUUGCGUUGCUCGUGCUCGUCCUCGUCAACGCCGGCAACGUCGACGACGUUUUCGUUCUCGUGAGAUUGUAAUUGUGCGGCAACAGCGGUGGCGGCGGCGGAGGAAGGAGGUGUAUUCAGUUGUUGAGUAUCUACCGUACUUUACCUACAUAUGUCCCGGACGCGGGGUGGCGAUAUCAUACGUUGCACGAUAUUCUGUAUUCUGUUUGCUUGUGCGUGGACGUCGGUUGAGGAUGUUUCAUAUCCGCACUGAUGGGAUGGACGGGACUGAUGGACGGGACUGACGGGGCUGACGGACGGGACCGACGACGGACAGAUGGACGGACGGCUGCACCGUCCGUUCAGUGCAGUUCAGUUCAGAUGGGUCGUUGAGUUUAGAUGGGUGGUUCGUUUCAGUUCAGUACUGCGGGGAUCCGUGGGGAUCCGGGGGGAGAGGGGCAGAUCUACUGGAGUAGGUAUGGUAGACGAGCUUGAGCUUUGAGCUUUGAGCUUCAAGCUUCGAAUGAGAUCGUGUGUAUGCAUCUGUACC